AUGCAGACUCCAACCACCUCCUCUCCAGAUGUCAAGCUAGUGCCGCGUCGCACCUUGGAGGGCCAUUCAGGUUGGGUCUGGGAUGUGGCCCUCUCCCCGGAUGGCACGAUGGCGGCCUCGGCCUCGAACGACACCACGGUUCGGGUCUGGGGCACGUCGGCGACGGGCUCGCUGUAUCGGGUCUUCAAGGGCCACUCCGGUCCGGUCAGGGCUGUCUCCUUUUCACCGGAUAGCCAGAGGGUGGCCUCCGCGUCUGAUGACAUGAUCGUGCGAGUCUGGGAAAUCGGCACGGGCGUCGUAUCCCGUGUAUUUCAAGGGCAUUCUGGCUGUGUGAGAUCGGCCGCUUUUUCUCCGGACGGCAAGUUGAUAGCGUCGGCGUCUGAUGACAAGACAGUUCGCCUUUGGGAUCUUAGGUCUGGCGAAUCUCUUAAAGUCUUCCGUGGGCACACUGGUUGGGUGCGCACAGUGAGGUUUUCACCAGAUGGGAAAUUACUGGCAUCGGCGUCCGAUGACUGUACGGCUCGGAUCUGGGAUGUGCAAAUGGGUACCGCCUGUGCCGUGCUCGAAGGACACACCGAUUACGUGCGGGCUGUGAAUUUCUCCCCAGACGGCACGAUGGUAGCCACGGGGUCAAAAGAUCGAACCGCACGGUUAUGGCGAGCCGGUACGCUAUCCCAGGUCUUUGAGGGACAUUCAAGCUGGGUGAAAGACGUGAUUUUCUCUCCAGACAGCAAAAUGGUCGUGUCUGCAUCUGACGACUCCACGAUCCGACUUUGGAGUACCAGCACCGGUACGACCUGCAGCAAGCUAGGGCCGGUGCAAGGCUGGGAAAGGGGCAUGGCCUUUUCGCGGGACGGGAAGCUAGUGGUAUCUACGGCUGAUGACAUGACAGUUCGAAUCCUGGAGACUGACGAGAACUUAUGGUCUCUGAAAUAG